CUUCCAAUCUCCAAACUGAAGAUUCCCACCCCCCUUUGAGGGCGUAAAAACAGACCUAAUUUGCUCUCUUCCACUCACACUCUUUUCUCUUUGACCACUCCCCCGACGCAUACUUUUUUCUCCACUCUAUGAUACACUCACUGAAGCUUCCUUCCCCUUGAUACUGACGAUAUUAUGGCUUCCACAACGGCCGCAACAAGGAGACAGACUAAUACCUUGAACCAUCAUAAGCCAUUUGAUCUCCGAACAACAGGAGGCAGCACCAGCUCCAAGUCAUACCGUGGUACGCCUCAGCAAAACCCUCAUCUGGAGCAAAUCCCACAAUUUAUUGAUGCUGAUGAAAGCAUGAGUUCUUCGAUGAGGACAAAGGGGCAGACUAGCCCUAAUAGUCUAGCCUACAGUAGAUAUCCGGAGUCAGAAGAAGAUGACUUGAUACAGCUAACUAAUGACUUGAACUCACUCAAAAUUCGAAUAUCAAAGUGCACCAGAGCCCAGACAUAUCAGCAAGGCCUUAAUGUGGAUGCCACUAUUGAAAGGGUAGACUUAUUAACGCCUUUAUGUCUGGUUUGCAGUAAGAAUAUUAAAAUCGACAAUCGUUUCAGCAGUGGCAACGUUGAAGGCACGCAACACUACUGCGAAAACCACAAUCCAAAUCGCCUAUGUCAUGGUACAAACAAAGACGGUACACCUUGCAGAAAGUCUACUCCGAAUAGAGAGUUGAUUAAAGGUGGUGUUGAGUGGUAUUGCUUUCAACAUAAUCCCGCCAAUGAUCACCUUCAAUGUCUUGGGAGAGUCGUAAAGGGAAAAAGAUGCGAGAUUAGAUGCUCUAAAUCAGAAAUUCGCCUAGGCAACAAACCUUACUGUAAUAAGCACUUUAGUCAGUAUAAAUAAAAAAAAAUCGGUUAGUCUGGUGUGGUCGUGUACGAAG